AUGUCGUUCAGUGGAACCCAAGACAAGUGCAAGGCCUGCGACAAGACCGUGCAUUUCAUCGACCUCUUGACUGCUGAUGGAGUCUCUUAUCACAAGACCUGCUUCAAAUGCAGCCACUGCAAAGGGACUCUUUCUGUGUGCAAUUACUCUUCCAUGGAAGGCGUCCUCUACUGCAAGCCGCAUUUCGAGCAGCUCUUCAAGGAGACAGGCACCUUCAGCAAAAAGUUCCCGGCAUCUGGUGAUUAUAUAUGCAAUCACUCUGGUAAGGCCCCGAGCAAGGUCUCCUCUAUGUUCUCUGGAACUCAAGACAAAUGUGCAAGCUGCAAUAAAACUGCAUACCCACUGGAGAAGAUUUCUGUGGAAGGUGAAAUAUACCACAAGACGUGCUUCAGGUGCUUCCACGGCGGGUGCACCCUGACGCCGUCGUCCUACGCGGCGCUCGACGGCGUGCUCUACUGCAAGCACCACUUCGCGCAGCUGUUCAAGGAGAAGGGAAGCUACAACCACCUGACCCAGGUCGCAAUGAAGCGCAGAGCAUCGGAGGACUCGUCGUCGCUGGAUGAGGCGGCGGCGACGGUGUCGGCGGAAGCCGAAGCAGAGGAGGAAGUGAAGGCGGAUGAAGAGCAUUGAUUGAUU